ACCUAAAAUGUCGCUGUUAAGAACUUUUCAGGAGUAUCUUUUUCACACUUCUUCACUCCAUACACAACAUAAGAAACAGUUUCAUUGGUUUUAAUAACAUCUACAUGAUCACUAGCUGUGUAUUUUCUGCCUCAGCUGUACGACUGUUGCACAGGUGCAGUGUGGGGAGAGGAACGUCGUGGUUCUUUAGGCCACAACAGCGACAGCGACAAACAACAUCUCAGCCCUGGGUGAUCCCACCCGCUCGAACUUGCGCAGUACUAGUGAGCCGAUCUGCCGCCACCAUGGCUGCAGCCGCCCGCGCCCCGGCCAGGAUUGGCGACCCCGUCUCCGACAUAGACACUCCCGCGCUGGUGGUAGACCUGGAGAAGCUCCAGACGAACCUAAAGAUCAUGCCUGAAAGCAUGUCUAGUUUCGGGAGCGUGGCAGUUCGCCCGCACGCCAAGGCACACAAGUGUGCUACCCUUGCUCUACUGCAGGUGUCCCAUGGUGCUGUGGGUAUGUGUGCUCAGACACUGACAGAGGCAGAGGCCAUGGUGUAUGGAGGGGUGCAGGAUGUUCUUGUUUCAAAUCAGAUAAUAGGUCACUCUAAGUUGCUGAGAUUUGCCACCCUUGCCCACCAUGCAAAGAUGACUGUGUGUGUUGAUAAUGAGGACAAUAUCCGUGAGUUAUCAAGUGUUGCAAAGGAGCUGAACGUAACCAUUGGAGCUGUAGUCGAGGUCAAUGUGGGCCAGGACAGAUGUGGAGUAGAGCCAGGUCCUGAGGUCCCCAGGCUGGCCAAACUUAUCCAGGAGCUGCCCAACCUGACCUUUGCCGGGGUCCAAUGUUACCAAGGUUUGAAUCAGCAUGUGCGGAAGGCUUCUGAUAGACAAGCUGCUACAGACAGUGUGGUUGAAAAGUCCAAGAUUGCACUGAAGGCCCUGGAAGAUGCAGGGAUAAAGUGUGACUAUGUGACAGGUGGGGGCACAGGAACAUACCUGUAUGAGGCAGCAAGUGGAGUGUUCACUGAAGUCCAGCCGGGAUCCUAUGUGUUCAUGGAUGCAGACUAUGGAAGGAACUUUGGUGAGGAUGGCCAGCCAGUACACCAGUUCCACCAGAGCCUGUUUGUCCUGACUACUGUACAGAGUGUCACAGCUGGAAGCCGUGCAGUGGUGGAUGCUGGGAUGAAGGCAGUCAGCCUUGACUCAGGUGAACCACUGGUUUAUCCCACUGGGGACGUGAUCUACAACUGUGGAGGAGAUGAACAUGGGAUUUUAAGGCCCCCUUCUAAUUACAAGGUGGGUGACAAAGUAUGGCUGAUUCCAGGGCACUGUGACCCUACUGUCAACCUCUAUGAUUGGAUGGUUGGGGUCAGGAACAACAAGGUUGAGGCUCUCUGGCCAAUCACAGGCCGUGGUCCUGGUAUCUGAUGGAAAGAAGAGCUGUCUCCUGCUCAAAGCAGGCUGCCAUCUUGUGAUGACAAGCACACCAGACUUCCAAGCUAGUGUGUCACAAUUCAAUUUUUGGAUAAAGGGAAGAUUUGAUGAUCUGAUGAUUUGAUGAGCUUUUGAUUUAGCUUUACGUAAUCAACCUACUGAAGGAAUACAUAAAAUUUU